AUGGGCCUCCUUCGAAACCACGAGGUCAUCCUCUCCUCUGUCUUGGGGCUGUUGGCUCCUGUGAUUCGAGCAGCGCUCUAUGAUAGUGUGCUGCAGACACCCAAUGGCCCUGUGCAGGGCUACCCGGCCUUCAACAGUAGCCCGGCCAACAUGAACCUCACCCAUUGGAAGGACGUUACCGUCUGGAAGGGUAUCCCAUUUGCUGCCGACACCUCGGGAGAGAACCGCUUCCGAGCUCCGCAACCCGUCUCUCCGUGGAACACGACCUUUGACGCCAAGGACUAUGGCCUCGCCUGUGUGGCGUCUGGUACCACUUAUGCGGAUAUUGGCGAGGACUGCUUAAACGUCAAUGUUUGGAGCGCCGCCAACUCGACCGACGACAAGCUGCCCGUCGUCAUGUGGAGCUACCCUGCCGGCGGCUCGAAUGCGGAUCCUCGCUUCGACGGCGCCGGCAUGGCGGACAAGGGCGUCGUCUUUGUCAACUACAACUAUCGAACCGGUGCAACUGGCUGGCUCGUGACGCCCGAGCUCACCGAGGAGAACUUGAACAGCAUCGGAGUCAACAGCUCUGGCAACUACGGCAUGCUAGACCAGUUUGCCGCUGUGCAAUGGAUCCGCGACAACAUUGCCUCCUUUGGUGGUGACCCGGACCGCAUCACCGUCUCUGGCCAGUCUGCUGGGUCGGCAGCGACAUACCACAUCCUCAACAGCAACCUGACCCAGGGUAAAAUCGUGGGUGCCAUCAUCCAGAGCGGCGUUCGGGACCCUUAUGACCCGCUUGCCACCAGCUUGGCCGAAGGAUACCAGACCUAUGACGUCUCCCUCAACUACAGCCAGACUUUUAUGGAGUCGGUGAACUGCAGCACCAUUGCCUGCAUGCGCGCCCUGGAUUGGUCCACCCUCGACAACACGGCCAUGCCCGGCUCGACGGGCCCCUCGUUCAAGCCGACCCUUGACUACUAUGCCAUGCCCGACACGUACCUGAACACGCUGCAAAAGGGCCUCGCCAACGACGUGCCCGUCAUGACGGGCAACACGCGCGACGAGAGCGGCGCCUCGUACGGUCUCAACAUAACCCUGGCCACGUACCUCGCCGACGUGAACUCGACCUACACGGGCGACUUUGUGGACCGGUUCCUGAGCGCGUACGCGGCCAACGACUCGGCCACAGCCUCGGCGGCCGAGAAUGCCCAGUUCACCGACCGGUCCAAGGUGGGCACGCAGAACUGGGCGGCCUACUGGCUCGGCAGCAACGUGACCACGAGCCCCGUGUGGACGUGGCUGUGGACGCACGCACCCCCCGGACAGGACGCCGGCGCCGCGCACAUGACCGAGAUCCAGUACACGCAAAACAACCUGUACAAUGUCUACUAUGGCGCGUGGGAGGCCGAGGACUACCAGAUUGCCGCCACCAUGAACGGCUACUGGGUCAACUUUAUCAAGAAUGGCGAUCCCAACGGCGACGGGCUGCCGCAAUGGGACCAGGCCACGGCAGACGGCACCGUGACCCAGGAGCUCGGUGAAGGAUGGGGAGCUAUUCCUGUCGCGGAUGAUGAGCAGAUUAGCUUGUUCAAUGACUGGUUCCCUACCCUGACAGCUAUUUAG